AUGGAAGAGUACUCCUUUCCAUUUGAGUCCUUGAAUGGGGUCUCUUUUAUGGACCAGGAUCAUUUUCUUCUGGAGUGCCCGUUUUCAGAUGCCUCCAAAAUCAACGAGUACCGUGGCUGUGAUUAUUUACUUAGAUGUUGCAUCAUUGGAAAGGGAAAUGAAAAUGCUGUACUUGUGUCGCCCUCAGCCUCGUAUUCAAUUAAGCAGGUUUUGAUUACCAGCACCUGCUUGAUGGCCAAUUCAAAGAGCAAAGAGAUUGAAAAUAUCUUUGAUUGCUACUUUGAAUGCAGGGAAGAAAGCACGGUAAAUUUUGACAAUAUACCUGAAAUAAUGAAAUCCUCCAUCUACCACAGGCAGCAGCUUCCCGCAGGCCACGAGAAAAUCGUAACUAUUUCUUCAAAUUACUUAUUUUUAGACACGAAACGAUUUAAAACUUCUCCUUCAAUGUACCGAUAG